AUGGACAUUUGUCCGGUCGGUGGCAGUUCUGUUUCUGGCCAGCGACUACUGUUUUGCCGACUCUUGCCUCCGACCGGUCUCGAAGGCGUCAGUCUGAAGCUUGUUGCCAAGGUGAUAUGUGUGGUCUCAGAGACUGUGGAUUCGGGCAGUCUGAGCGAGCACAGGAGACCGUCUGAAAGGACAAAAGAUGACUUUUUCACGAGGCCAUGUCAUAGCGGUCCAAGAUGCGCGCUGUAG